AUGUAUGUCAAUAGCGUUGUUCUCAAAGCAGCUUUCUUGUCUGCCUUAAUUUUACCAAGUAAUGCCUUGUCCUUGAACAGAAGGGAAUACCAAAAUGCUGCCCAAAAUGAUUUAUUGGGUAACAUUGUUCCAAGGGAUCUCAACGAGCAAAAGAGAGAUUUGGAAGAUGUUGUCACUGGUGCCGUUGGUCUUGUCAGCGAUGUUGUUGAUGGUGCCGGUACUGCCGUCAGUGUUGUCACCGGCCUCGUUGAUACUGUUCUCUGUGACGUUGAAAAUAUUCUUGAAGAAGGUGAAUGCUCAAUGCCAUCUGCUACUUCAAUUGGUAAUAUCAUUCCAAGAGAUUACCAUCAAGAAAAGAGAGAUUUGGAAGAUGUUGUCACUGGUGCCGUUGGUCUCGUCAGCGAUGUUGUUGAUGGUGCUGGUACUGCUGUCAGUGUUGUCACUGGUCUCGUUGAUACUGUCCUCUGUGACGUUGAAAAUAUUCUUGAAGAAGGUGAAUGCUCAUUGCCAUCUGCUACUUCAAUUGGUGACAUCAUCCCAAGAGAUUACCAUCAACAAAAGAGAGCUGAUGGUGUUCUUGGUGUUGUUACUGGUGUUGUUGGUGUUGUCAGUGAUGUUGUUGAUGGUGCCGGUACUGCUGUUAGUGUUGUCACUGGUCUUGUUGACACUGUCCUUUGUGAUGUUGAACAAAUUCUUGUUGAUGGUGCUUGUGUCUCUGUUGCCACUACUUUGAGUACUGAUGUUACUACCACCACCACCGCUGCCACUACUACCACCACUGCUGCUGAUGGCGUUGCUGGCGUUGUUACCGGUGCCGUUGGCCUUGUUAGUGAUGUUGUUGAUGGUGCCGGUACUGCUGUCAGUGUUGUCACUGGUCUCGUUGAUACUGUCCUCUGUGAUGUUGAAGAAAUUCUUGUUGAUGGUUCUUGUGUUAAGGUUUCCUCAACCAUUAGUGCCGGUACUACCACUGGUGUCCUUCCAACCACUACUACUCAAGGUGGUCUUGCUGGCGUUGUUACCGGUGCCGUUGGCCUUGUUAGUGAUGUUGUUGAUGGUGCCGGUACUGCUGUCAGUGUUGUCACUGGUCUCGUUGAUACUGUCCUCUGUGAUGUUGAAGAAAUUCUUGUUGAUGGUUCUUGUGUUAAGGUUUCUUCUACCAUUAGUGUCGGUACUACCACCGGUGCCCUUCCAACCACUACUUCCGCUGAUGGUCUUGUCGGUGUCGUUACUGGUGUCGUUGGUGUCGUCAGCGAUGUUGUCGAUGGUGCUGGUAAUGUCGUCAGUGUUGUCACUGGUCUCGUUGACACCAUCCUUUGUGAUGUUGAAGAAAUUCUUUUUGAUGGUUCUUGUGUUAAGGUUUCCUCUACCAUUAGUGCCGGUACUACCACUGGUGUCCUUCCAACCACUACCACUCAAGGUGGUCUUGUCGGUGUCGUUACUGGUGUCGUUGGUGUCGUCAGCGAUGUUGUCGAUGGUGCUGGUAAUGUCGUCAGUGUUGUCACUGGUCUUGUCGAUACUAUCCUUUGUGACCUCGAUGAAAUUCUCGUUGGUGCUACUUGUGAAAAGGUCCAAAGUACUUUGAGCUCAAGUCUUAUUUCUACCUCUAUCCCAACUGCUACUACCACUUCAACUUCUACUGGCUCUUCUUCUAGUACCUCCUCCACCGUUAGCACCACCACCAACUCUACUUCUAAUACCUCUGCUACUAGCUCAUCCUCUACCGACACUACUUCUAACACCUCUGCUACUAGCUCAUCCUCUACCGACACUACUUCUAACACCUCUGCUACUAGCUCAUCCUCUACCGACACUACUUCUAACACCUCUGCUACUAGCUCAUCCUCUACCGACACAACUUCUAACACAUCUGCUACUAGCUCAUCCUCUACCGACACUACUUCUAACACAUCUGCUACUAGCUCAUCAUCUACCGACUCUACUUCCAAUACCUCUGCUACUACUUCAACCUCUACCGGUUCUUCCUUGAGCUCCUCUGCUACUGGCGGUUACACCAAUUCCACUUCUGCCACCGGCUCCUCUACCUCCGGCUCUUCUUUGAGCACCUCUUCUGACUCCACUUCCGCUACUAACACCGCCACUGGUUCUGGUUCUGGUUCUUCUGCCACUGGUUCUGGUUCCGGUUCUGGUUCUUCUGCCACUGGUUCUGGUUCUGGUUCUUCUGGUUCUGGUUCUUCUGCCACUGGUUCUGGUUCUGGUUCUUCUGCCACUGGUUCUGGUUCCGGUUCUUCUGCCACUGGUUCUGGUUCCGGUUCUGGUUCUUCUGCCACUGGUUCUGGUUCUGGUUCUUCUGCCACUGGUUCUGGUUCUGGUUCUUCUGGUUCUGGUUCUGGUUCUGGUUCUUCUGGUUCUGGUUCUUCUGCUACUGGUUCUCCAAUGAGCACUUCUGUUGCUAUUGUCAGUGGCUUAACUACUGAAAUCGAAACCAUUACUUACUGUGGUGAACAUGGUUGUUCUGUUGUUACCAGCGCUAAGACAACUGCCACUGCUACUCCAUCUGGUUCAGGUCCUUCUGUCACUGGUUCUGGUUCUGGUUCUGGUUCUUCUGCCACUGGUUCUACUGGUGCUUCAAGUUCCGAUUCUACUACCCUUGCUCAGGCUUCUGCCAGUUCUGGUAUGAACUCUAGCUCAGCCUCUGUGUCUGCUUACGAAGGUGCUGCUUUCAAAUUGAAUGUUGGCUCUUCUUUCGUCGGACUUUUGAGUUUGACUCUCGCUUUCAUUUUCGCAUGA